AUGCUCGUCAACCAGCCCAUCCGUCCACGGCCGAUCAAAACUCGGUCAAGAGCAGGUUGCAAAUAUUGCCGAGACAAGAGAAAGAAGUGCUCCGAAGAACACCCACGAUGCCUUCGUUGUGUCCAAGCCAGCGUCGAUUGCGUAUACGAGCCAAUCAAGAAAAGAAAGCGAAGGGCAUCAACUAAGCCAACUGAGAUGCAAGACACCGCUGCAUCGGACGAUUCGGACAGCCCUGUAACCAAGAGCAGCAUGCAAACAAGCCCAGACGCGUGCAUUCUCACUCCCCCUGAUAUGCUACAGGCUGGAGCUGAAGAUUCUCUUUCGCCAUCGACAUCUGUGGGCAACAGUCUCUCGGCGUCUAUAGGCUCCCUCUUGCCUCUCUACGAUGAUAUCGAGAAUGUGUACACCUACGAGCUUGGGCACGGGGACUCAGACAUGUACGAGAGCGAAUACACAGCGGUCACGGAUAUGAGCCCCCAUCAGAAACCAUCAGACAGACACCUGCCGUUUUCUCUCGUAACUCUCGAUGACGACUUGCAGUCGCCAGACCACUCGUUCUUUGCGGCUAGUCUCGACACUUGGAACGAAGCUACAUGGACGACCAUCUCUCCGCCGCUGCUCAACCUGCUUCCACCAGCAUACCAUGGUGUUUCCGACUGCCCAGAGGACACGGGCUUGCUGGAACACUACUCCAAAGUCAUGUUGCCUGCGAUGGGGUUCAAAGAAGACGGCAAGAACCCUUACGAGCAGUAUAUCAUCCCCCUAUCACAGAGAAGCUCUGCAGUUCGGAGUGCUAUCUACGCCUUGGCCAGCGUACAUCGAGAGUACAUUGGUCUUGAAAAUACCGAGGGUUCUGCAAGCUUCCACGAACGAGCAGUGACUGGGCUGUCCGCUAUUAUAGAAGACGGGGAUGGCUUUGAAGAAGCGCUGGCAGCCAUAAUACUUCUUCUACAGUAUGAUUUGCGAAGCCUGCCCGAUGUCAUUCGUAACCAUCUCCAAGGCGCAUGGCAUAUUAUCAGCGCCAUGCCGUCCCCCAGAAUCCCCAGUGUUGAGUUCUUCGAGCAGGUUUUUCGCUACUUUGACGUACUCAAUGCUUUGACGAAUGGAUCGUCUCCAGUGUUUGCGGCCCCCUCAUCUGCCCGAGCUUAUUCGCCUGGCAGCUCACCACCUUCUACGAUUUUCAGUGGCAUCGACCCCGUUUUCGGUAUGGCGGAUGAUCUUUGGCCUACUCUACAUCGCCUUGGGGAACUCAUCGCGAUGAAGUGCGAACUCCAGGCCACCAUGGCGUCAGGGCAAACGUCCAAGUUUGCAGUUCUUCGGACCGAAUACCAGACGGCCUACAAGGCUAUUGAAAGAGCGUUGGAAUCAUGGAGCCCAGUCUUGCCACCGGGAUUUUCAUUGGUCAACCGCAUUGUCGAUGGCCCUGAACACGCAUCGGAGGCCGAGCUCGCCAACACCAGAUGGAUCACCAGUACGGCGCUCGCCUACCGACAGACCGCACUCGUCUAUCUGUACAGCACCAUCUCCGAGUACCCUUCGUCUCACAAAUUGGUUCAGAAGCAUGCGCAAGCAGCUCUAUGGCACUGUGCAGCGUCCGUAUCACACGGCGGGACGGGACUUUCGAUGCUGUGGCCUCUCUUCUUCUCCGCCUGUCAUGCCAUAUGCACUCGAGACCGGGGCUUGGUGCGGCAAGCUUUCACAGCUCUUGGCAGCAAGAAAGGUGUGGUCGACACAGAGAAGCCCUGGGCUGUGGUCAUGGAUGUGUGGAGAAGGAUGGACAUGCGGGCCUAUGGCAAAGAACAAGUAGGAGCAGAGGCAUGGCCAGACCUCUGGAAGCAGGUGGCGGCAAGCAUGAAGGUCGGCCUCGUUUUUGGGUGA